AUGGUGGUGGAAGGCGGUAAUGGUAACAGUGGUAAAAGGCAGUGGUGGUGGUUGUGGCAAACGGUGGCGGUAGCAGUGGUUAAAGGCGGUGGCAGUGUGUGCAUUACCAAUGCUCAACUCCAACCCAAGGUUUUUGAUGUGUUCCAAUAUGGUGCAGUUGCAGAUGGAAAGACUGAUAACUCUAAGGCAUUUUCGAAAGCGUGGAACGAGUCGUGUAAAUGGCAAGGAAGGAGCAGUGUUUUGAUCCCAUUAGGGUCAUACUUCUUGAACUCAUUGGUCCUUAGUGGUCCAUGCAAUGGUCCAGUGGAGCUUUUGAUCAAAGGGGUCUUGAAGGCUCCCUCAGAACCAGCACAGUUCCUCAACACACACAAUUGGAUUAUCAUCCAAGCUGUGCAGAACUUGAGAAUCACAGGUGGUGGCACUUUGGAUGGCCAAGGUGCAUCAGGUUGGUCAUUUAACACUUGUAGCACGGGUCACUGCCCGGGCCUCCCUGCUUCAAUGCUGCUCUACUUCAUCAACAAUUCAGAGAUCAGUCACAUAAACUCACUCAACAGCAAGAAUGUGCAUCUCAACAUUUUCGGGUGUCGCGACAUGAACUUAAGUCAAAUUGGAAUAUCAGCUCCUGGGGACAGUCCCAACACUGAUGGAAUCCAUAUCAGUGCCUCAACCAACAUUAGGCUUUCAGUAAUGAACAUAGCCACCGGAGAUGAUUGCGUAUCUUUGGGUCCCGAAAACCGUAGGAUCCACAUUUCCAAGAGUUUCUGUGGUCCGGGACAUGGAAUCAGCGUCGGAAGCUUAGGGAGAACUGAUGAAGAGCAACAUGUGACAAGAUUAGUAGUCACAAAUUGCACUUUUACGCGCACCCUUAAUGGCUUGAGGAUCAAAACAUGGGCUGGAGCACCAAAUGAUGGUGGUGGUGUUGUUUCAAACAUGCUAUUUGAUAGCAUUGUUGUUAACGAUGUUUCCAGUCCCAUCAACAUCGAUCAACAGUAUUGUCCAUUCCCUCCAUGUCGUCAGGAUUCAUCGUUGAUUCAGAUAGCAAAUAUUACAUUCAGUAAUAUUCAGGGCACUUCUGCAACAAGAGAAGCAGUAAAACUGGUGUGUAGUGAAAGCAAGCCAGGCAAGAACAUUGUGCUUGAGAAUAUCAACUUAAAAUACCUUGGUCAUGAAGGUCCUGCUAUUUCUACUUGUGCUCAUGCCAAUGUCAUCUCCCGCGGCCAAGUGAUACCUCCUGCUUGCAGUUAG